AUUUCUCUCACACACUCUCUCCCGGCUAAUCCAAUAUAAUUCGUCAUGGAAACUCAAAAGAAAAGCAAGAGAAUCUUUGCUGAAAGGUACAAAUUGUUGCCUUUUAUAUUAUCGUCCCGGCAGCCUCAACGUUUUACUCGUUCUGCCGGGCAAUGGCUGCUCUGUUUCUUCUCUUCUCCUCUUCCCUCUACCUCUUGGCUUGUUUCCCAAGUUUCCCUUCUGUUUACGCUGACGCCGGUCGCCCCCAACCUUUUCAAACUCCCAUCAACCGAGAUCUUUACCAUUCCGGUACUGAUUUGAUUGAAAAGGUCGAGUCUUUGGUCCAUCGACACCCUGACAAACUCACUGUCGAAACCCUCAAAUCUGGAACCGGAGGCUAUAAUGCCGAUGUCACGGUUGUUACUUAUGGCCAGAGUGGGAACCAGAGUGAUGAUAAGUCCAAGAGCCGGAUCCUUCUUGAUUUUGGGCAGCAUUCACGAGAGCUUAUUACGUCAGAACUGGCUUUACGAAUUGUGUCAAUCUUAGGUGAAGAACAGUUUCUACCCGGAAUGGACCAUGAUUCCUUAAACCUUGAGAAUUUAGUUAUUAAGUUGGUACCAUUGGAGAAUUUGAAUGGCCGGAAGCUUGUCGAAGCAGGAAAACUUUGUGAAAGGAGAAAUGGGAGAGGAGUUGAUCUCAACCGGAAUUGGGGUGUUGAUUGGGGAAGGAAGGAGAAGGACUAUGAUCCAGCCGAAGAGUAUCCUGGAACUGCUCCUUUCAGCGAGCCUGAAACUAAAAUCAUUCGAGAAAUUGCCACAUCAUUUAAUCCUCACAUUUGGGUUAAUGUACACUCUGGGACGGAGGCACUAUUUAUGCCAUAUGACCACAAAAACAGUACCCCUGACGGGCUGCCAGGUCAGCGAAUGAGAGCAUUGACUGAAGAACUGAAUAUGGUUCAUUGUCACGGGCAUUGCAAGAUUGGUUCUGGUGGAACCUCAGUCGGGUAUCUGGCACACGGGACGGCAACAGAUUACAUGUACGAAGCUGUGAGAGUACCGAUGUCAUUCACCUUUGAGAUUUAUGCAGGUGAUAAAACGUUAAACGAAGACUGCUUUAAAAUGUUCAAUCCAGUAGACCAAACCACCUUCGAGAGGGUUUUGGAUCAAUGGUGUGCUACUCUUUUCGCACUUUUUAAGCUGGGACCGCGUGAGAUUGAUGUGCAUUCUACUAAGAUGGAAAAUAGUCUUGAUCAAGCUGACAAUCGGGUGGACGUCCAUUUGUGA